GUCCGUUCAACAAUGGAGGGAGAAGAAAAUUUCUACGACACUAAUAUUCUAGUACUACUACUUCUUCAAAAUCAAAAUAGGCGUGUGGACUCGUGACGCCGUCCUAAAUAUACUCGUUGAUGUUCUCUCCACUGCCAUUGUCCUUGCCUACAUACUCCAAGAUUCUCAUUUCUCCCUACAUAUCACGCUUUCGAGUUUUGCCUCAUUACAAUUUUAAAGGUCUUUUUAGAUAUCUAGAAUGGUUUUUCUCCUGGGGAAUUUGAAUAGGGAAUCCUCACCUUUUCAGCAGGAUAUGAUUAGUUGUCCAUUUUUGCAAAAUGUCAGUGAACCCACUAACUUCUCCUUGUCAACUUCAAUGGCUUUCCCCUUGCCUAUGCGGGAUGGGAAAGGUCCAAUAUUUGAGGAGGGUCCCAAUUUUGAUAUGGCUUUCAGGCUUUUCCAUGGACAGAACGGUGUUGUCCCACUGUCCGAAAGAUCAUUAAUUUGCACUGAGCGGUCUGAACCAGCAUCAACUCAGUUCAAUCCCUUGGCAGCAAAGGCUGCCACCAUCAGCCUCUCAGGUUUUGGUUCUGGAUGGCCUUUUGGAUUUGAUGCAUUCUCUGAGAAGUGGAAGAUUAAAAACAAGAAAUCCAAGUCCUCCAAAAAGGACACUUCCUCAAGGGGAGGGAAAUCAGAACACGAGGCAACAAGCAAUGAGUGGUUGCAAAAUGGAAAUUGCCCAAUCGCAAAAUCAUAUCGAGCAGUAAAUCAAGUCCUUCCCCUUGUAGCAAAGGCCCUUCAACCUCCUCCCGGUCUGAAUCUUAUAUGUCCUCCAGCAGUUGUUGCUGCCAGGAGUGCUCUAGCACGAACUGCCUUUGCUAAAAACCUUCGGCCACAACCUCUGCCUACAAAAAUACUUGUAAUUGGUGUGCUGGGAAUGGCUGCUAAUAUACCUUUAGGAAUAUGGAGAGAACACACUGAAAAAUUUUCUCCUUCUUGGUUUGCUGCUGUUCAUGCAGCUGUGCCGUUCAUAGCCAUACUCAGGAAAUCUGUGCUGAUGCCCAAGACGGCUAUGGCAUUUACCAUCGCUGCAUCUAUUAUAGGACAAGUGUUGGGCUCUAGAGCAGAGAGGUAUCGGCUCAAGGCAGUGGCUGCAAACAAACUGGUUUUCACUGAAACUCCAAGUUGUGAACCGACCCAGUUGGCUGUUGCUGGAAGUUCUUGAAUCAACAGUAAUGUUCCUUUAGGCUUUGUAAGAAAUAGCUUUAAUGUUCCCUCUCGAAUUAAAAUGUGCUCAUUAUUAGGUCUAUUGUUCAACUCCAAUGUCAGUUUUGACAUAUUUGUGGCACUGGUAUUGUUAUCCUAGACAUUAAAAUUUUUUAUUUUUUAUUGUUAUUAUUAUUUUAAUGAAUAAAGUUACCUA